UGGUGGCUGGCUGGCUGGCUGGAUAGCUGGCUGGCUGGCUGGCUGGCUGGCUGGCUGGCUGGCUGACUGGCUGGCUGGCUGGCUGGCUGGCUGGCUGGCUGGCUGGCACCAAAGGAGUCGGCAGAAGAGUGUGCCGUGGCAAGGAGAGUCGGUCCACCGUGUGAAGGCAGCUUAAUAGAGAGUAACAUGUGCAACCGAAGAAUAGUGGCGAUGCCGAUGUUGCCGGGGCACGAGCUACACCGUGAUCGCUCUGUUCUCCACGAACUCUGACCGAUACUUAUUCGAUCGUGAUCUUUAAGAUCUAUUAGUGUGAAUUGAAAGUAUAAACGUGUGGAAUUAUUCGAAUCGAAUGAACAAAUACUGUUCUUAAGUUAAAGAAAAAAAAGGGGACAACGAAUUGAUCAAUUGAAGGAAAAAUGAUUGAGAUUGUUUAUACGAGAAGGGGGAUUAAGGAAGGAUAUGGGUUGGUGAAUGGGUGGAUGAGGGGGAUGGAAUUGCCAAGUGUUUCUCAAAGUUAACUCGCACAGUGUAUAGGUCGAAUCCUUGAGAGAAGUGGUGUGUUCGCUAAAUUAUACGUUUCCACAUGCAUUCGGUACAUUGUGAACAUCGGACGCGUUACACGUUGUAACGGGUGGUGCAUGAAAAGUGAACAGUGAAAUCGUCAAAUCGUUUUCAAAUUUUUAAUGAUAUCGAGAAAAUAUAUUAAAUUUUAAUAAGGUGAACGUUCCUCGACAAAUCAAAAGGAUGUUCGCCAGGCUAUGCAGACAAACUCCGAACGGAGACUUGAAGAGGCGACACUCCUGGAACAGCGAAGCGGAUUAUCAAUCUGUGGAAACAGGAGCCGAAACAGUUUCCGGUGAGGAAGGUGACAUUUCGUCUUCUGAAAACGACGAUAGGAUAUCCUACAAGGAAAAUGGCUGUUCGAUGCAGACGGUGGACUUGGUGGCGAAUUGUCCACUUCCGGUGGUGACAGGAUCCUCAAGGUCGCCAUCGCCAUCAAGGUCGUCGACACCCACGACGCCCUUGACACCCGUUGCAUCGACGAGGAGCAUGGGGCAACGGCCAAGUACACUUUUGCGUCCGAAGAUCUCUUUGACUUGGGUCCUCCGUGGUCAACAACAACAACAACAACAACAACCACAACAACAACAACCGCAACAACAACAAUCGCAACAACAACAAUCACAGCAACAACAACCGCAACAACAACAACAAUCACAGCAACAACAACAAUCUGGAAAUACUGGAAAUACUGGAAAUGGAAAUCAUUCAGUUUCCAACACUACGGGUUUGUAUUUGAUACUUUUGGUCUUUCUUUUCAUUGAUUUUUUUUUUCCUUUUGUUUUUCCGAUCAAACAAUUUGCAAUUUCCGCAGGAACAAACGUUCAUCGUGAUACACUUUCCCAUGAAAGCAGAGAGGUGUCCUCUAGAAGAAGCAUCAAAAGUGAUAAAGAAAAGGAUGCUGCCAAGGAGAAUAUCGUGGGACAAGAGAAACGUGAAAAGAAGAUCCUUCAACGAAUUGAAAAGAUCGACAAAAUGGAGAAGUCGAUCAGCAAGGAGACGAUAAUUGACGAUAAAACGAUCGAGAGUCUGUUAGAGAAAUAUCCGGAAAAGGAAUUGUUCGCAAGCGCGAAAGAAACGAGAGAAAAAGAAAAAGUAAAGAAAGCCGUUUCCGAACCCUCACUCGUAUCUCGUGAAUCAACGUCGACCCCAAAUAGUCGUGACAAACACAGACACAGACGUACAAAACGUCCACAUAAAACGAGACCACCCAGUAGAUUUGGUUAUGAGAUUGCCGACCUUGAUGCAUUUUUAACAAAGGCAUCCAUCGAGAGACCAGCUAACAUCCCAGUUGUUUUAUCCUUUCCAUCGGUCUUAUAUCAAACGCAAGGUGGUACACAGGACGAGAUGGCUCUACCGCUUGGGACAGUAGUAAAUGCAGUUUUUAAAAAUCAAACCUGGCUCUAUGUGCAAACACCACAUGGCCAAGAAGGAUAUGUCGGAUAUGCAGCCUGUUUACCACUAGGAAUAUUACCGCAACCUACGCGUGGUCCAUGUUGGGAAGACUCCACUGAUGUUUUUCCACGUCCAUUGGGUAACAUGACUGAUACAGAAAAAUUAAGAGACACAAGAUCUGAAUGCGGUGCACGAAGUAGAAACGCAAGAGUAAGGAGAGGCUCGCGAGAUGCAGUUUCCGCUUGCGGAGAACGCAGUGUCGAUAGAUUGUAUCUAAGAGCAGCUGCAAAUGCUAAAACGAAAGGUGCCAGGCAUACAUUGCUCGUCAUACGUAACGAUUACGAAGGUCGUGGUGCAAACUCUUUGAGUGUUUCUAAAGGUGACGUCGUUGCACUUUUAAGCGAUCACGUCAAUGAUUGGUUUUGGGUUCGAUCAAGAGAUGGUAGGGAAGGUUUUAUACCGGCUGUGGUUGCUGGUCAUGGUUUCUUAUAAAAAAAAAAAAAAAAGAAAGAAAGAAAAAAGGGAAAAAAGAAGAAGAAGAAGAAGAAGAUUCAGUCAUGCGUAGUAUCCAUUGAUUUGAUUUAAAAACAAUGGUACGAUAUUGUACAUUUGUUGUAUAAAAUUUUAUAUAUGGUGUGCAAAAUGUUAUUGUAAUAAUAUAUAUUUAUUACUUGGACCGAAAAAAAAAAAAAAAGAUUAUAUCUUUCGUAAAGAAAAAUAUCUUAUAAGAUGUGAUACGAGGUGAUACGUUAAACUCCAUCCAUAAAGAAUUAUUAAAAAAAAUUAUUAAUGAUAUCACAUUCGUACGUUUACGUGUAAGAAUAUUAACUUACAUCAGGGGCAUACUCCAAAGUUAGUUCCAAUGGUGAUCCUUAAGGUGGCAUAAUUGAAACUUCGAUAAUUGAUUAUUUACAUCGAAAUCUGAAGAUCCUCUCGUUCGAUAUUAUCAUAAACCGUCGAUUUUAUUUGUCCACCUGACAAGCUUUAUAGUUCGAAUAAAUAUUUUUUAAUAUAAUUGAAUGAAGCGCAGGAAGAUCGUUAUCUGAUAACAUUUAAGUUUCAGUCUUCAUAAAUAAUUACUACCUGCUUGAAAUCAUAUCUCUAUGAAUUGUUUAUAAUAAUUAAAA